UGAUCCUUACUGUAAAAUUAUCUUAUAUAAAAACUCCCGAAGCACUCUGUUGGUAUGUUCACCUCUACAGACGAGAACAAUCAAGCGCUCCCUGAAUCCUUUUUGGAACGAGGAAUUUAUUUUCAGAGUUAAUCCUAUUGAAAAUCGAAUAGUUUUUGAGCUUUAUGAUGAAAACAGAAUCACGCGUGAUGAUUUUUUAGGAAUUGUUUCAAUUAAUCUUUCCCAUUUGGAUAUUGGAGUUGAAGAGCAAGGAAAUGUUUUGCUUGAAAAACGUUUUUUCUCGCUCACGCGUAAAAGGCAACUUGACUCUUUAUUUGGCCUAUAUGGCAAUCAAUCUUCGACUGGAGUCCAUUCAAAGAAUAUUUGA